CACGAGGAACUCUGACCAAAUCAAAAUCUGACUUGUUAAAAGAAGGAUUCCCAACUGCACUGACCAGAACAUCAGCAAUCCUCCAGAGGAAGAUUUUGUGUUUGGAGAGGUGUUGGAUGAAGAUGAAGAUGUUGUUUUGCAGUCUGCUGUUUGUGUUGGGAGGAGAUGUUCUCCUGGCCUGCUCUCUGAAGAACUACACGCUGUACGUGGAGAGACACGAGUGCGGUCACUGCAUGGCCGUCAACACCACCAUGUGCAGCGGAAUGUGCUUCACACAGGACACAAACGUGAGAGGAUUUGUGGGCAAGCGUUUCCUGAUUCAGAGAGGAUGCAUGCAUCGUUCUCUGGUCUAUCAUUCUGCUAAGAUGCCCGGCUGUCCUGUCCACAUUGACCCGCUCUUCUUUUAUCCGGUGGCACGCCAGUGUCGCUGCACAAAAUGCAACACUACCAGGAACGAGUGUGUUUACAAGCCAAAUUACACUCCCAGCAAAUGCUCCGAGCACCUGCGUGCCGUCUGAAAUCAAUCGACAAGGGGCCUUCCUCACAAUAAAAUUCAGUUCUGUUAACCUUUUUUCCCCCUCUAAUGUUUUGGUAACAUUUGUUCUAUUAGAAAGUGUUUCUCAUUUCAGCUAUAUAGAAAGAGUAAACAAUAUGGAUGGUUUUGUAAUAAUGUUGUAUA